GUGACCCAAAAGAGUGGAAACAAGUGAAAUGACAGGACAGUUGGACUGUUUGGCUUAAGCCAAGGGCAAUCAGGUCUUUCAAUUCUGACAAAUGAUCAAACUAAAGCAACUUCUCAGUUCUCACUGAACUUCCAAGAACUUUCAGCUUUAGCUUCAGCUUCACCACCCACUUCUCAGUUCUCAAAAUGAUGUUGCAAGAACUCUCAUUCGUUUCCUUAAUCAGUUUCACUCUACUUUUCAUCCAUUUCAUCCAUGCUGGUUCCACUCAGCCUCCAUUUUCAUGUGAUCCGUCGGACCCAUCAACCAAAAACUACCCUUUUUGCCAAACCACACUGCCUAUCAGUCAAAGGGCUAGGGACCUUGUUUCCAGGCUGACAUUAGAUGAGAAAAUCUCUCAACUUGUUAACUCAGCUCCUGCAAUUCCACGGCUUGGUAUCCCGGCCUACGAAUGGUGGUCGGAGGCAUUACAUGGUGUUGCCAAUGUUGGCCAUGGCAUCAAGUUUGAUGGUAGUAUAAAAGCUGCCACUAGCUUCCCUCAAGUCAUUCUCACUGCUGCCUCUUUUGACGCUUAUCAAUGGUACCGCAUUGGUCAAGUGAUUGGAAGAGAAGCAAGAGCAAUAUACAACGCAGGGCAAGCAAGGGGGAUGACAUUUUGGGCACCGAAUAUUAACAUAUUUAGGGACCCCAGAUGGGGGAGAGGGCAGGAGACUCCAGGGGAGGAUCCACUUGUUGCAGGGAAAUAUGCAGUGUCAUAUGUGAGAGGCCUUCAAGGGGAUAUUUUUCAAGGUGGGAAGCUCAAUGGGCACCUUCAAGCUUCAGCUUGUUGUAAGCAUUUUACGGCUUAUGAUUUGGAUAAUUGGAAGGGUAUAAACCGGUUUGUCUUUGAUGCUCGUGUUACUGUGCAAGAUUUAGCCGACACAUACCAACCACCAUUUAGGAGCUGUGUGCAGGAUGGGCGAGCCAGUGGCGUUAUGUGUGCAUACAAUAGAGUGAAUGGAGUCCCAAGCUGUGCAGAUUCCAAUCUCUUAUCCAAGACUUUGAGAGGAGAAUGGGAUUUCAAAGGGUAUAUCACAUCAGACUGUGAUGCAGUCGCGAUCAUCCAUAAUGAUCAAGGAUAUGCCAAAUCACCCGAAGAUGCUGUCGUUGAUGUUCUUAAAGCUGGCAUGGAUAUCAACUGUGGAUCCUACUUGCAGAAAUAUUCCAAAUCAGCAGUUAUGCAGAAAAAGCUGCCUGAAUCUGAAAUAGACAGAGCUCUCCAUAAUCUAUUUGCUGUUAGAAUGAGAUUAGGCCUUUUCAAUGGAAAUCCAGCGCAACAUCCUUUUGGCAACAUUGGGACUGACCAAGUUUGCUCCCCAGAGCACCAGAUUCUGGCACUUGAAGCUGCUCGUAAUGGCAUUGUCCUUUUAAAGAAUGAAGAAAAACUUCUUCCACUUCCAAAAGCAACCAUGUCCCUUGCUGUAAUAGGCCCAAAUGCCAAUUCCCCACAAACACUUCUUGGAAACUAUGCAGGCCCUCCAUGCAAGUCUGUCACUCCUUUGCAAGCUUUUCAAAGCUAUGUCAAGAACACUGUUUACCACCCUGGUUGUGAUACAGUUUCUUGUUCUACUGGUGCGAUCGACAAAGCAGUAGACAUAGCAAAACAGGCAGAUUAUGUUGUGUUGAUAAUGGGAUUGGACCAAAAUCAAGAGAGAGAGGAGCUUGAUCGUGUUGAUUUGCUGCUCCCUGGGAGGCAACAGGAACUCAUCACCAGUGUUGCAAAAGCCGCAAAGAGACCAGUUGUUUUGGUGCUUCUUUCUGGAGGUCCAAUUGAUGUAUCUUUUGCCAAGGAUGAUCCGAGAAUCGGGGGCAUGUUUUGGGCAGGUUAUCCAGGAGAAGGAGGAGGUAUUGCACUUGUAGAAAUUGUCUUUGGUGAUCACAACCCAGGAGGGAGAUUACCAGUAACUUGGUAUCCCCAAGAUUUCACCAAAGUACCAAUGACAGACAUGAGGAUGAGGCCUGAAUCAUCUUCAGAAUAUCCUGGGCGCACUUACAGAUUCUAUAAAGGAGACAAAGUCUUCGAAUUUGGUUAUGGCCUCAGUUACUCAAAGUAUUCUUAUGAGUUCACACGUGUGUCCCAAAAUAAUCUUUACUUGAAUCAUUCUUCAAGUUUUCAUACAACUGAGACCUCAGAUUCUGUGAGAUACAAGCUAGUUUCAGAGUUGGGUGCAGAAGUCUGUGAUCAAAGGAAGUUCACAGUUUGUGUUGGAGUGAAAAAUCAUGGGGAGAUGGCAGGUAAGCAUCCAGUAUUGCUAUUUGCGAGGCAUGGAAACCAUGGCAAUGGGAGGCCAAAGAAACAAUUGGUUGGAUUCCAAAGUGUGAUUUUGAGUGCAGGGGAAAUGGCUGAAAUUCAGUUUGAGGUGAGCCCCUGUGAGCAUCUAAGUAGGGCCAAUGAGUAUGGUCUGAUGUCGAGGGUGAAAUUCUUGAGUUUGUCUUAUUUUUAUAAAAAUCAUGAUUUACAGCAAGAGUCGGACCAGCCUAACAGCGACCUUGUUGAUCCUAUAAGACAUGCUCCACAGCCCCCCACACUUGCCUUGCCUCUGCACUCGUUUCUACUCAAAACGAUUACGAAGAUGAAGCUCCAAAAGCUCUUUCUCCUUACCCUCAUUCACAUCAGUUCAAUGCUGCUGCUCGUCUUGGCUGACUCCACUCAGCCUCCAUUCUCCUGCGACACAUCUGACCCACGAACCAAAUCGUACCCUUUCUGCAAAACUACACUUCCCAUCAACCAAAGGGUCCAAGACCUUAUCUCCAGGCUCACAUUAGACGAGAAGAUAUCCCAACUCGUUAACUCAGCUCCUCCCAUUCCGAGACUCGGCAUCCCUGGCUAUGAAUGGUGGUCCGAAGCCUUACAUGGUGUUGCCUUUUUGGCCAACGUAAGCCAAGGUAUCCGUUUCAAUGGAACAAUUCAAUCUGCCACCAGUUUUCCUCAAGUUAUUCUCACUGCUGCUGCCUUUGAUGCUCGUCUUUGGUUCCGCAUUGGUCAGGCAGUUGGAAUAGAAGCUAGAGGAAUAUACAAUGCUGGACAAGCAAGGGGCAUGACUUUUUGGGCACCAAACAUUAAUAUAUAUAGAGAUCCAAGGUGGGGAAGAGGGCAAGAGACGCCUGGUGAGGAUCCAUUGGUUACAGGGAAGUAUGCAGUGUCAUUUGUGAGAGGGAUACAAGGGGACUCUUUUGAAGGAGGGAUGCUUGGUGAACAUCUUCAAGUUUCAGCUUGUUGCAAGCAUUUUACUGCUUAUGAUUUAGAUAACUGGAAAGGAGUGAACCGAUUUGUCUUCAACGCAAAGGUCUCUUUACAGGAUUUAGCAGAUACAUAUCAACCUCCAUUCCAGAGUUGCAUACAGCAAGGGAAAGCCAGUGGGAUAAUGUGUGCAUAUAAUCGUGUUAAUGGAGUCCCCAACUGUGCAGAUUACAAUCUCCUGUCAAAAACAGCCCGAGGGCAGUGGGGUUUCAAUGGGUACAUCACCUCUGACUGUGACGCUGUCUCCAUCAUUCAUGGGGAACAAGGAUACGCUAAAGUACCAGAGGAUGCCGUAGCAGAUGUUCUUAAAGCUGGAAUGGAUGUCAACUGUGGUAACUAUUUAAAGAAGUACACCAAAUCAGCUGUCAAAAAGAGAAAAUUGCCUAUAUCUGAAAUAGACAGAGCCCUUCACAACCUUUUCUCUGUUAGAAUGAGGCUGGGGAUUUUCAACGGUAAUCCAACUAAACAGCCCUUUGGCAACAUUGGUUCAGACCAAGUUUGUUCCCAAGAGCAUCAGAAUCUUGCCCUUGAGGCUGCUCGCAAUGGCAUUGUCCUUCUAAAAAACGCUGACUCACGCCUUCCACUUUCAAAAACGGAAACUACUUCCCUUGCGGUAAUAGGCCCUAAUGCCAAUUCUGCAAAAACACUUGUUGGAAACUAUGCAGGCCCACCUUGCAAGUCUAUUACACCGCUGCAAGCAUUGCAAAGCUAUGUUAAGGACACCAGGUAUCACCCAGGUUGUAGUGCAGUUAACUGUUCUUCUGCUUUGACUGAUCAAGCAGUGAAGAUAGCCAAAGAAGCAGACCAUGUGGUGUUAGUAAUGGGUUUGGAUCAAACCCAAGAGAGGGAAGAUCAUGAUCGUGUAGACUUGGUUCUUCCAGCAAAGCAACAGAACCUGAUAUCUAGCAUUGCAAGAGCUGCGAAGAAUCCUGUCAUUUUGGUGCUUCUUUCUGGCGGUCCAGUAGACAUAACCAUUGCUAAAUAUGAUCAACACAUCGGCAGCAUUCUAUGGGCUGGUUAUCCAGGUGAAGCUGGAGGACUUGCACUAGCAGAAAUUAUAUUUGGUGAUCACAACCCAGGAGGGAGGUUGCCAGUUACUUGGUAUCCCCAAAGUUUUAUUAAAGUGCCAAUGACAGACAUGAGAAUGCGUCCUGAACCAUCUUCAGGCUAUCCUGGACGCACUUACAGAUUCUACCAAGGACCAAAGGUUUUUGAAUUUGGCUACGGUCUAAGCUACUCAAAAUAUUCUUAUGAAUUUCUCCCUGUAACACAAAACAAGGUUUGUUUAAAUCAUCAGUCAAGUAAUAAAAUGGUUGAGAACUCAAAUCCUGUCAGAUACAUGCCAGUUUCAGAGAUUGGAAAAGAACUUUGUGAUAAAAGAAAGUUCCCAGUCAAAGUUGGAGUUCAAAACCAUGGAGAAAUGGCAGGUAAGCAUCCGGUGUUGCUAUUCGUGAGGCAGGCAAAGAUUGGUAACGGGAGGCCAAUGAAACAAUUGGUUGGAUUCCACAGUGUUAAUCUGAAUGCAGGGGAACGUGCUGAAAUUGAAUUCGAGUUGAGCCCUUGUGAGCAUCUUAGCAGAGCCAAUGAAGAUGGUUUGAUGGUGAUAGAGGAAGGGUCUCAUUUCUUGAGCGUUGGAGACAAAGAAUCAGAGAUUACAGUUGUUAUAUGAUACAAAAGACCAGCUCUCCAAAUAACGGAAAUUUUACAGUUAAUGAACCAUGUUUCUCUAUCUAUAAUUCAGCUAUCCAAUAAAAAGCUGUCUUGUCUCCUUUGAAAA